ACGAGAGGAAAUAUCCGCUCAAUAAAUUGAAGCCACAGUUGUGAGCGUAUUUCAGUGUCUUGUCUUGUCUUCCGGACGCACUUCCAGUUCUACGCUCAUAAAAGUUACUAAAAUGACGUCUCGUUUUGGCGUUUUGAGGAUAUUGUGGUUGCUGUUGACUCUCACGGCCCUUCUUGAUGGUUCGCCAGCGAUUAAAAAGAAACGUAAAGCACCGACCAAUUUCCGGUACUCCGAGGAUCUAGACGCGGAAGCUACGAAUCACGAAGGCGGCGACAAACAUCACGUGGAGGGUGUCGGCUCGAAACACGAAGAGGAUCACCACGACACGCAUAGUCACAAAGACGACAAGGGUUACAAGACUUUCCACGAGUUUGAGAGCAGCGAUAAGGGCCACCACGAUAAGGAGAAGCACAAGCACGAGUAUGAUGAGGAGAAUGGUGAAGAGAAGAAGAAGCACGAAGAGGCUGGUCAUUUCGGUGAGGAGCAUCACGGAGAGGAAAGCGAGAAAGACGCGAAAUUCGGUGAAGAGGGAAAACACCAGAAGGGAUACAGUACGAAGGGAGAACACAGCGUCUUCAAGAAGGAUGAAUAUGAGAAGAAACAUGAUUUUUAUGACGAAUAUCACGAAGACGGAGGAAGUGAAAAGCAUGGUGGUUGGCACGAAGAACAUGAGGCACAAACGGGUGGCCAUAAAAAACAAGGCAAUCUGCAUGCAGGACAUCACGAAGGACAUCAUGGCGCGGAGAAGAAGCACGAGGGAGGCCAUCAUCAUCACGAGAAGAAAGGUCAUAAAUCGGCUGAGGGACAAGAGAAUCAUCAUGAACAUCACGAAAGACAUGGUAACAAAGGCGGUCAUGCAUCAGGGCACAAAUUUUCUAAAUCAAAUCAUCAUUGACGAGAGACGUCACGAAACUUAUCCUUACAUAAUCAUCGAACAUAUUUUAUUUAUAUCUAUUUUAAUAAAAAUUUCGUGAUCAAUUCGAGGCUGCACGUUAGGAAUAAUAUUGAGUGGCGUAUGUCAGAUGCAUCAAAGUUAUCAAAAAUUAUUAUAAUAACAAUUUUAUUCUUGUCAAGGAUGUAAUACACAAAUUUGCCUGCAGGGAUUCUAUAGUUAUAUAAUAAAUAAGUUUUUUUAUUUUUUUAACAUAUCUAUUUUAUAAUAUUUUAAAUAUAUACUUAAUAUAUUAAAUUAUACUUAAUAUAUUAAAUAUAUAUUAUUAAAAUAUCUUUAAACAUAACGCUUAUAAAACGUAAGUGAAAAUGUUUUCGGUAAAUGUAAUUGUCUAUCUAGACUGCGAAAAUGCACAGUCGAACGAGUUUCGCGAAUGUAACGCUGUCAUUUAUUUUAUUGCGGCGAUCGUUGAGAAAAGUGAAAAUAUUAGAAAAGACCGUAAAAUCGGUCGCGCUUCGAUGCGCGUUAGUACACAAACAAAACAUGUACAUGUACACAAACAAAACAUGUACAUUCUGACGCAGCUGUAUGGUAUCGAGGCGACCUUGCGAGUCUUGCUGUUCUUUAAGGAUACAAAACUAUAAUUUAUAUUUUAUGAUAGAGAAAAAUAUAUAAUGUAAAAAAUAUAUAAAAUAUAAAAAAUAUAUAUCUUUACAUACAAUUGUAAUAUUACUUUAAUUAAAAUCUGAAAAAUUAUGUUCUUGCAUAUUUGUAAUAGCGUCAUUCAGUUUAUCAUAAGCAUUAAAUAGCAUCUAAACAGAUUACUAGAUGUAUUCUGGAAGAAAAUCUUUUAAUCCUAAUUUAAUGGACAAACACACGCACACAAGGCUUUCUGUGAGAUUAUUUUUUGCGUGGAAACUUCAAUCUCGAUUAAAAUAAAUGAAUAUUUAAAUGGGAGUAAUUAACGGAAAAAUUACUAACACUAAAUUAAAUAGAUAUCUAUAUAUAAGUGAAAUAAUUAAUAAGAAUUAUUAACUAACUUUAUCGCAAUUAUGUGACAUGUUCAGCGAUUUAUGGAAUGCAAAAUGAUGAUAGUUUUGUAUACAAGUCUCUGUAAUAAGAUGAAAUAAUUAUAUAAUUAUUAUAAAAACAUA